AGAGGUCGGCCCGCGGCAGGCGUGGGGUUGGCGCUGAGGCGGUCGGAGGUGAUUGGGGUUGGGUGGGAGGAGAUUUGCUCGCACACACGAGGAAGGUUGAGCUGCCGCUUGAGUGCGGAGUCGGGACUGGAGCUGCCGCCGCGACCACGCCAGGGAUUUUGUCGCUAGCCCACGGCUCUUCUUCCUCGCCGCUUCCAGAGGUCAGCGCGGCCUGCUCCUUCUCGGCCGGUCGCCCCCGCCUCCAUUUCCCGCCCUCUCUCCAUCACACACACGGCCCCCCCGAUCAUGGAUCCGGGCAGUGGUGGUGGUGGCGGCGGCGGCGGCGGCGGGAGCAGCAGCGGCAGCAGUAGCAGCGACUCGGCACCCGACUGCUGGGACCAAGCGGACAUGGAAGCUCCCGGGCCAGGCCCAUGCGGCGGCCCCGGUGGUCCCUUGGCCGCAGCGGCUGCCGUGGCAGAGGCCCAGCGUGAACACCUCAGUGCGGCCUUCAGCCGGCAACUCAACGUCAACGCCAAACCCUUCGUGCCCAACGUCCACGCCGCCGAGUUCGUGCCCUCCUUCCUGCGGGGCCCGGCCCAGCCGCCGCCACUCCAGGCUGGCGCCUCCGCCAACCACCACGGAGCCGACAGCGGCGCGGGAGGCUCUUCGGCACCCGUGGAACCUUCUCAAGAGGAACAGUCAUUGUGUGAAGGUUCAAAUUCAGCUGUUAGCAUGGAACUUUCAGAACCUGUUGUAGAAAAUGGAGAGACAGAAAUGUCCCCAGAAGAAUCAUGGGAACACAAAGAAGAAAUAAGUGAAGCCGAGCCCGGGGGUGGUUCCUUGGGAGAUGGAAGGCCCCCAGAAGAAAAUGCCCAAGAAAUGAUGGAGGAGGAAGAGGAAAUACCAAAACCUAAGUCUGUGGUUGCACCACCAGGUGCUCCUAAAAAAGAACAUGUGAAUGUAGUAUUCAUUGGGCAUGUAGAUGCUGGCAAGUCAACCAUUGGAGGGCAAAUAAUGUAUUUGACUGGAAUGGUUGACAAAAGGACACUUGAGAAAUAUGAAAGAGAAGCUAAAGAAAAAAACAGAGAAACUUGGUACUUGUCUUGGGCCUUAGACACAAAUCAGGAAGAACGAGACAAGGGUAAAACAGUAGAAGUGGGUCGUGCCUAUUUUGAAACAGAAAAGAAGCAUUUCACAAUUCUUGAUGCUCCUGGCCACAAGAGUUUUGUUCCAAAUAUGAUUGGUGGUGCUUCUCAAGCUGAUUUGGCUGUACUGGUAAUCUCUGCCAGAAAAGGAGAGUUUGAAACUGGAUUUGAAAAAGGAGGACAGACAAGAGAACAUGCAAUGUUGGCAAAGACAGCAGGUGUAAAACACUUAAUUGUGCUUAUUAAUAAGAUGGAUGAUCCGACAGUGAACUGGAGCAAUGAAAGAUAUGAAGAAUGUAAAGAGAAACUAGUGCCAUUUUUGAAAAAAGUUGGCUUCAAUCCCAAAAAGGACAUUCACUUCAUGCCCUGCUCAGGACUGACUGGAGCAAAUCUUAAAGAGCAAUCAGAUCUCUGUCCUUGGUACAUUGGAUUGCCAUUUAUUCCAUAUCUGGAUAAUUUGCCAAACUUCAAUAGAUCAGUUGAUGGACCAAUCAGGCUGCCAAUUGUGGAUAAAUACAAGGAUAUGGGCACUGUGGUUCUAGGGAAGCUAGAAUCAGGAUCUAUUUGUAAAGGCCAGCAACUUGUGAUGAUGCCAAACAAGCACAACGUGGAAGUUCUUGGAAUCCUUUCUGAUGAUGUAGAAACUGAUUCUGUAGCCCCAGGUGAAAACCUCAAAAUCAGACUGAAAGGAAUUGAAGAAGAGGAGAUUCUUCCAGGAUUUAUACUUUGUGAUCCUAAUAAUCUUUGUCAUUCUGGACGCACAUUUGAUGCCCAGAUAGUGAUUAUAGAGCACAAAUCCAUCAUCUGCCCAGGUUAUAAUGCGGUGCUGCAUAUUCAUACCUGUAUUGAGGAAGUUGAAAUAACAGCCUUAAUUUGCUUGGUAGACAAAAAAUCAGGAGAAAAAAGUAAGACUCGACCCCGUUUUGUGAAACAAGAUCAAGUGUGCAUUGCUCGUCUAAGGACAGCAGGAACCAUCUGCCUUGAGACCUUUAAAGACUUCCCUCAGAUGGGCCGCUUUACCUUGAGAGAUGAGGGUAAGACCAUUGCAAUUGGAAAAGUUCUGAAACUGGUUCCAGAGAAAGACUAAGCAUUUUCUUGAUGACCCUGCACAAUACUGUGAGGAAAAUUGACUGCAAAAGCCUACUUCACACCGCCUUCUCUUAUUUUCUGCCCAUUGACAAACCUCUCCCCAUAUUUUGCAAAGACAAAAUUCAAAGCAAAAGUCCACAUUAUGUCAGCUUUCUCAUAUUGAGAGCUCUGCUAUGCCACUGUUGAAUUUUUCCCAAGAUUUUUUUCUUCCCCUCUCAAACUGCUUCCUUGGACAGGUUUGGCAAUAGCUUUGUAAGUGAUGUGGACAUAAUUGCCUACAAUAAUGAAAACCUACAGAAAUUUUUUAAUUUUUCAUUUUCCCCUUAGGCAUACAUAGUCUUUUUUUCCCCAAGGCAGAUCAUUCUGAGUGUGCGAGUGUGUGUGCACAUGUUACAAAGACAACUACCAUGUUAAUAAAAUAUUCAAUUUGAAACCCUUUUCGGUAUUUGAAUUGCUUUUGAAUAAUGUUUUUUAUCUAGAUAUAACACUGUUGCAUUAGCUUUUUAACUUUACCAAGUAAUUGAGUACAUUUUAUUACUUGGACUUUUCUAAACUCUUUCCCUAUCCACUACUUUAAAUGAGGCAUUUACAAACAAUAUUCAAGUUUGUAUUAAAGGAAAGAAUUAGUUUGAUCCUUUCUUUUUGAUGGUAAUGCAUACAUACAAUAUUAAAUGUCUUUAUGCAACUGUGACACUGCUUUAUUAGGUCUAUCAGUUAUUUUCUGCCAAUUUAUAUUUUAACAUUUCUUAAACAGUAAGUUUUAAAAUAAAAGCAUACUGUAGUUUUAUAAGUAAAGCAUAAUUGUACCCCUCCAGAAAAUUCCAUUAACAUGUUCAAUUAGUGGAAUUUACAAUAAAGAAAGCAUGUUGAGACCUGGCAAAAAUGCCUCUUUUAGAAUUUAUAAGAGUUGCAUGUAUCUAGUAUGAAAACUAUUAAUUGCAAGUGCCAGUUCUGCAAAUUACUCAGUUUAUUAUUUAUAUCACUGAUUUUUAAAGGUUGAGUGCUCCUUGCUGGUUAAAGCUAAAUCUCAUCUAGCAACUAAAUGAACACAUACUUAGGAACCUUCUAAAUCUGAACAGAUUAAAGUUAACAGUGGUAAGUAGAAUCAAGCACAAUAUAAGUUUUUCUCAACUAUUUGAAAUCGAUUGUUUUCUUAAAUAUAAAACAGAAAUUUGUUAAACUAUGCUUUGGAUGAACCACAGUGCAGCACUGUGCUGGUUUUUAGAUUGAAGGAUGACUUUCUGCAGUAACUGUUAUGACUUUGAAAUUUUUAAUGAGAAUAAAUGGGAAAUGGAAGAGAGAAUUUCUCGGUUUAUCAGAAGCUCUUCCACCCACCCGAUUUUGAGUGUUGCCAUUUGUUGAAGACUUAGUGUCUUUUACAUUUGUGAUUUAUCUCUAAAUAAGAUAAGUUUGUAACUAUUUAUUUAAUGACAUUUUUCUACCCUGUAAUCUUCCUCAGAAAAACUUAAGUCAAGCUAUAUUUCCAGUCACAAAACCUGAAAUUUAAUUUAAUUCUGUUAACUAUAGAAAUCUCAUUCUUUUCAUGACUGGGCUGUAUCUUAGAGCAAAGUUAUUGUCCUUUAGCCCUGCAGCUUCCUAUAACUAUACUCGUGGCUAUUAAAUUGCAUGAAUUUUAAUUUUAUUAUGUCUGCAAAUGUCUGGGCUUUUAUUUUUCUGGGAAAUACAGGAGUUUUAAUCAAUACACAAUAACUUUUUGUACUUUCAAGUUAAUAACAAGAUACUAGCAAUUGCUUUGAUUUUAAUGAAUAUUUAAAAGCUCAAGAGUUGUUGAAAUUACUUCCAAAGAUUUCCAUUUUUAAGUUGAACACAUUUUAAAAACCAGUUAUGCUUACUAUUAAAACAUUCACACUAAAAAUAAAAACAUUUACACUUUUAGAAUAUUAUGUGCAUGUUGCCAACACUCUUAAGUAAAACAUGGAUAUCAACUGUGAAGGGCCUACCUCUAAAAAAUGACAAAUAUAAAUGUAAUUAUGAAAAAAAUUAUGGAUUCUUGCACAUUUGUGCAAAUAAUUAUUUGAAAGAAACCUAAUUGUUAAAUUAACCAAUACCAUAUACUUUAUGGGCUUUGAUGUUUAUGGAAAGUAUUCUCACUUACAGUUGCUGAAUUUUAAACUCCUAAUUACAAUGGAUAGUUAUUUGGACGAGGAAAUGUCUGAAGUGAACUGGCAGUGUAUGGAGAUGUUGGACCUUUAAAAAGCAAUAGAUUCCUAUGCUGUCAUUCUGUCUUUUGCAAGUGCAGGUGUGUUUAAUGCAAAAAUAGGGUAUUGGUGGCAGAUAUAGGAUAUUACAGACCUAAACAUUUCUUUAUCUUUAGCAUAGCUAUGUUAGGAUAACAGUUCUCCUUGCAUCUUUUUACAUUAAUGAUGUUUAUUAUAUAAUUUUCAUGCUAGGUUAUUUAAUUAUAGUUUUUUUAAUUAACUGAAUUUAAUAGAAGAUAUUAAAAUAAAUAACUACCAUUCUAAACCCUUAUUUCUUACUGUGGGGGGUAUAUAUUUCAUGGUUUUUAUUUGCAAAAAAGACUUACCUAGUGAAAAUCUGUGUAAAAUCAAAAGAGCUAAACUGAGUAUGUGCUGCCAUGAACUUAGGUAACAAAAUAGUAAAGUUCUUGAAUAAUUAAGCCCAUGUAUAUUUCUGUUUGAAUUGAAAGUCUUGAAAUAUGUGAUAACUAAAUGUAAAAACUCUGUAAAAUUGUAAGAGUACAGGCUGUUCACUGUAACGAGGUAAUUCAUAAUUGUCUGUUAGUUACGUAAACUACAAAAACUGCUUUCACAAUAUGGGAUGGACUUUGACUGUGAUGCCCUGGAACAGUUACCAGCAUCCUCUCAGCUGAAGUGCUGCAGAUAUUUUGGGUGAUAUUUUCAACCAGAUGCAGUUUUGCAGCCCAAGAAAAAGAUGAACCUAUGGUCAAAAACUGCUUCCAUGAUGAACUUUUGAAAAAAAUCAGCUAAAGUCCCUGGCAAUCUUUAAGAACACUAUAGUUAUACUAAUUACUCCGUGAUGUGACCUUUUUUGAUGACUGUUCCACAUGACAGCACUCUAGCACCUUUCCUCAUUGGCAUGGACUUCCUCAUGGACUGCUGCUUCACGGAUGAUAGCAUCAUUGCUUUGAUAGGGAUUUAAGGUAGUCAAGGGACAAAUAGGUUCUAUUACAGCUUUUAAAAUCAGGCAACUUUCAGCCUUUAAACCCUUUGUGAAAAUUCUGGUUCCAGCACUAUAGCUCUGAUUGUAGGUUGAUUGUUAUAUUCAGUGUUGACCUACUUUAUCAGAAUAAUCUGUGCCAUUAAUCCUCUCACAGACAUAUGUAGGGUAGAUAGCAAUCAAUAGGAUGUAGGAGACAAUUUUCUGUCUCCAAAUAAUACAGCUUUUAUUUCCUCCAGCAAAUUUCUCAGUGAUUUUAGCUGAUGCCAUCUAAUACAUUUAUGAUCUUGUUUCUUUCUGUAGAGAUCUAGCCAUGGCAGCAACUUGUUAAAUAAAUGUAAUUACAUAGCACAACUCAAAAGACUAGAUUUAAAUUUAGCAGUCAGUUGGUUAUACUAGAUUUCAUAGUAAAUGGAAUAGGAAGUGUUUUUACUUUUAUGUAAUAGUUCAGUGUAUCCCAUUUGAACCAAUUUACUGCCAGAAUUCAGACAGGGUAUAUUUGGUUCAACUUGUAAUGGUUUUGGCUCUAGGAUAUUGUUUAUUUCCAAUAUCCUAGAACAUAAGUCUUCCUUCAAUAAAUACACUUUCACAUA